AAACCCACUGGUGGAACAAACACAAACCAACAGCCGAGACCAUGAGACAAUUUGUGCUGUUCCUUGCCCUCGCAGUCGCCGCAGUGUCGGCCCACACGAUCGCCCAGCCAGGAUUCCCGGAGGGACGCAUCAUCAACGGCUACGAUGCGCAGCCCGGGGAGGCUCCCUACAUCGUUUCCCUGCAGACCACAGAGGGAGCUACGUUUUGCGCUGCUUCAAUCAUUCGUGCGGAUGUUCUGCUCACCGCCGCCCACUGCCUGACGAAGAGCUCCUAUUUGGCGGUGGCUGCCGGCCACAGUCGCAGCAAUCCCGAGGACACCCAAGUGCGAGAGGUCAGCAGGAGUCGCCAGCUGAUCCACGAGAGCUACCCGGGCACAGCGGGGCCCUACGACAUUGCUCUGAUCUUCCUGGACACGCCCUUCGAUCUGAAUGCCCACUCCCGGGAUGGCUUCGCGCCCGUUUCCACCAUCGCGCUGCCACCCAAGCAGCUGCCGGGCACCACCCGCGGCACCCUCUACGGCUGGGGCAAGGACGGCUCCAAGGGACUGCCCGACACGCUGCAGAAGCUCGAUGUCGACAUUCUCGACUAUGACACCUGCCUGGCGGCCAUGCCCGAGUACAGCAAUGUGGUGGACAGCAAUGUGUGCACCCACAAGGCCGGCACCACCGACGGCGCCUGCAACGGCGACAGUGGCGGUCCGCUGAUCAGUCGCUCUGCCGACGGCACCGCCUACCAGGUGGGCGUGGUCUCCUGGGGCUAUGUGCCCUGCACGUUGACAAAGUAUCCUUCGGUUUAUACGUCCGUUUAUGCGUUUAACAGUUGGAUUAAUCAGCAUAUUAAUGAUUAUUCGAACUUGGAAAGGUCUUAGAAAAUCAUAGAAUAUAUUUCAAUAAAAGAACAUUAAUAGGAGC